AACCAGUAUGUCUAUCAGGCUUUCUGCCCCUUUGCUCCCCUCCCUCUUCAUCUCAGACGCAGCUGUUCCUGGUAGAUUUUACUAAGGUUUCAUCAUCAUGCAGGACGUGGUUCACAUAUAAAGUUUUUCAUGUGUUUUGAACUUCCUCCAGUUGACCACAAGGGCGCACAGUUGCAGUUUGGCACAACUGUUUUGCUCCGUGAUGGCAUCCUCUGCAUUGUUGGUGUUGCUGCUACUUCAGUUUGGGUUUGGACAAAGCACUCAUAAACACCCUCACGAAAACCACUAUGUUGACCAGCAGCACAACCCCAAGCAUGACAUGAACGUCCUGCUGGGAGAUGAGGACACCGAGGAGAUAAAGAAACUCAGCCCAGCAGAACAGAGGAGAAAGAUCACAGAAAUUGUGAAAAAGAUUGAUACAAAUGCUGACAAUAUGUUAAGUGCAGAGGAGAUCACACUAUGGAUUCAACGCGUCUACAGAAAAUACGCUCUGGACGAUGCAAAGGAGCGCUUCCCUGAGUUUGACACCGACAAAGACGGUGUGGUAACGUGGGAGGAAUACAACAUGGUCACUCAUGACCAGCUCAUCAGUUUUGAUGACAUCUCCUAUGAAGAUCCAGAGCAACAAUCUCUCAGACACCUCCAUCUCAAGGAGAGGAAGCGCUUCGACUUUGCUGAUGCGGACAACACGUCCGGGCUUGACGUGACAGAGUUUCUGGCCUUCACCCAUCCAUCUGAAGUGGACCACAUGGCUGAUUUUGCCAUUGAAGAUGUGUUGGCUGAAUAUGACACAGACAAAGAUGGAUUCAUCAGUCUAAGUGAAUUUAUUGGGGAUGUCCGUGGUGAGGAGGAUUCCCCUUCACAGUGGGAAAUUGAAGAAACAGUGCGGUUUAAAGACCUCUACGAUCAAGAUAAGGAUGGGAGGUUGAACAGAGACGAGCAGCUGCGCUGGGUUGCACCUAAUAGCUAUGGUUCUGCAAGAGAAGAGGCUCUCCACCUCCUCAAAGAAAUGGACCAUGAUGACGACGGGCAGAUCUCAGAAGCUGAAGUUUUGAAAAAUCAAGAAACAUUCAUGAACAGUGAAGUGACAGACUAUGGCAGACAGCUACAUGUAUCACAUGAUGAACUGUAGCAAAACUGUAUGCUUUUGUACAUAUUCUCAUUUGUUUCCAUGGAGAUGGAUACAAGCAUGAUACAUCAGAAAGUCAGGCUGCGUCAAAGGGGCCACAGUUGUGUUUCAGCACAUCUGACUGAAAUCUGAAACACAAGAAGUUUAACAAAAGAGUAUGUGUUGCAAGGCUGUUAUACCAAGUUGCAUAAUACUCUAAGACGUUUCCCUGAAAAACAGUUUUUUUGUUUUUUCUGAUAACAAUAAUAGAGCAGGCUUGCUGAACUUAAGCCGUUAUUAUUUUUCCUUUCACAUGGCUGAAAAGUGAACUGACAUAAGUGUGAGUCCAGUUGUGGUAACCGCUGACAUGUUGCAGCUCUUCCUCAUUCAAAUCAAGUGAGUGUAGAGGCUGCUUGACGGCUGGUUUCCUGAAUGUGUGAUGAACCAUUUCACUUGCAGCGAGCAACAGCAAGUUUCACUGCCGUGUGUUACAGAGUGACUCUUGGCUGGGUGGAUUCUCCAACGGGGAUUAUUUUUAACCGCUGCCACGAUGACAUUACAAUUUAAAGAUGCCUUCUGGGUGAGUUAGAUUGAUUCCACUGAUUCCUAAACUUUGUUUUGUGAUGUUAUGUUGAAGCUGACCACGAGUUUAAACUGAGCUGUGGAAUCUGUUGUUGUAUUCGGUGUAUUCACUGGAGUUUUGAGGUAAUAUCUUGUCACUUCUAUUGUCUUUACAGUGUCAACUUUACCAUGUACCUGAUGCGUGUUUGGUUAUCUGGAGCUUAUCUUUUUUAGCUAAAGACUUUGUCCUUUCUUUACAUUUCUAAUCGUUGCUUUCUUUGCUUUCCUGUUUCUCACUUUGACACUUACUGAAUGGGUACAAAGUUGUUACUUUGAUUAAAACUUUCACAUUAUUUUUGUACGCAGUCUUGACAAGAAAAAUAAAAAGAAACAUUUUUGUCUCUGGG